UUCUGCGAGUACUGUAAAUUUGAAUACUUGUCCUGUACUGAGGGCCGGCUUGGGGCUGGGCACCCAGCCAACCCACGCAGCCAACCCACAGGCAGGACAUGAUGCCAUCACAGCUUCACGUCCUUAUACUAGGACUACUUCUACUGGGUCUGGUGCAGGCUGAUGUGUCCCAAUUUCUUAAGCUCGGAGAUGCGGCAUAUGCAAACUCGGAGUUCACAUCUGCCGUUCGACACUACUCGUCUGCCAUCGACCUGCAGUCAACUGUCCCCUUGUUGUACACCAAGCGUGCCGCGGCGUACAUGAGCCUUCGUAGUCUGUCACAGGCACUCCGUGAUUUGGACAGAGCGGUCCAAUUGGAUGGCUCCUUCGUGCAGGGUUACCUUAACCGCGGAAAGCUCCAGCGGCAGAUGUGCAGCUACGCUGCCGCCCAACGUGACUUUGAGCGCGUGCUGGAGCUCAAGCCGGGGCAGAAGGUGGCGGACCAGGAGCUCAAGCGCACGUUGUCUGCUCGGACCAAGCUGGAACAGCUAGAAGCGUUGGAGCGGCAGCUCAGCCUGCAGCAGCAGCAGCAGCAGGCAUCGGAAGGAGGCGGAGAGGGUGGGGGCGAUGCCAGCAGCAAUCCCGCGGCUGCUGCCGUACAGGCACUAGAGCGCAUAAGGCCCACCUUGGAUGCGCUGUACGAGGACUCGCCGGACUGCCUGCGGGCCCAGCUCCUGGAGGCCCGUCUGCAGCUGUCCGCUGAGGGUUACGAGGAGGUGGUGGGGCUGACGGGGCGGGUGCUGCGGGCGGACGAGCGGCAGCUGGAGGCGCUGGUGCUGCGCGGCCGGGCGUACUUCUAUCUGGCCGACCACGACCUGGCCAAGCGCCACUUCGGUGAGGCGCUCAAGUACGACCCGGAACACCGGGAGGCGCGGAGCGGCUUCAACAAGGUGAAGGAGUACGACCGAAAGCGCUCCCGUGCCGAGCGGGCGGUGGAGGCGCAGGACUGGCGGGAGGCGGAGCGGGCGCUGUCAGAGGCACUGCAUGUUGACCGCAACCACCGGCGAGGUAAUGAGGGGCUGUGGUUCGGCCUGUGCCGCGCUCGCUCCGCACUGCGGCAGCACGCCUCCGCCGCCACCGCCUGCGCCAACACGCUGCUGCUGGCGCCGGGUCAUCGGGAGGCGGGGCUGGCGCUGGUGCGGGAGUUGAUGGAGGCGGAGAGGUACGACGAGGCUCAGGUCCGCGCCCGCGAGCUGUUGUCCUCGCACCACCAGCGGGACGGCGAGUUCCACGAGCUGUACCGCGAGGCAGAGCGGCGGCUCAAGAUGAGCAAGCGCAAGGACUACUACAAGAUACUGGGCGUGGACUCCUCCGCCAGCGACCGGGACGUCAAGAAGGCCUACCGCGACCUAGCGCGCAAGUACCACCCGGAUAAGGUGACGGCGGAGGAGCGCGAGGCGGCCGAGGCUCAGUUCCGUGAGGUGGCGGAGGCGUACGAAGUCCUGUCGGACGAGGAGAAGCGACGACUGUACGACAGCGGUCAAGAUCUUGACAUGGCGGGUGGCGGCGGGGGUGGCGGGCACCCGUGGGGGCAUCCGGGCGGCAUGCAUUUCCAGUUCCGGUACGGGUGAGGAACUGGGGAUGAUGCAUGGUCGUGAUGUGAUGUGGGGGUGUAGGAUGUGGAGUAUGUCUAUUAGUUUGUGUUAUGAUGUUAUGUGUCGUGUUGGUUUGCGGUGCUGGUGGUGUGAAGCUGUUCAUGCAGAUGGGCCGGUAAUGUGGCUGCCGGUGUUGUGGUGAAUGUGGAGGUUGUGUAAGCUAUGAAAUGCAGUGCAAAGGUAUGAAAGGUGUAAAAGGAGUCCGGAAGAGGAGGCGUGAACCGCUGAGGGGGACUUACCGUGCUGCUGAGGGCGCGCUGGCGGGUGGUUGAGGGGGUACCUCCGAUACCAGUACAAAGCCUAGCCAUGUGAGUUGAGCCGUAUGAGCCGUAGCAACGGUAGCAACAUGGCAGUGCCUCCGCAGGCCUCAAACGCAACCAUAUGGGCCCAGGACACAGAGGUCCUACAUGGAAGAAGCAUGCGUGGGGAUAUCGAACCGGUACACCGGUUACGUGAUGACCCCCCCCCCGUGGGGAUAUGGGAUUGGGACUUAGUUGUUUGCAUUUCUUAUCUAAUUUUUCCCCCCUCCAAACACGGUACCGGUAAUUCACACAUUCGGAACCCCACCACCACCACCACCACCACCCAUUGCUGUGGUUCUGGUAUACCGGUAUCUUUGACGCCCCACCACCGCCACCGCCGCAACGGCACCGCCGCAUGCGGCAUGCAUGCUUCCUUCCGGGUCCACCAGCCGGCUACCCAUCCGCCAUCCCAUCCCAUUGUCGUUGCUGUGGAAGGGGAAAACAUCAGACAUCCCUCACGCCAUGCCUCCUUAACACACGCCAGGACUUGGUCCGGCGUAAUGUAAUUUAAUGUCGUUG